AUGGCUAUUUCCAAAGACCUUUAUCCUUCUCAGGAAGAUCUCGUAUACGAAGAGGAAAUUAUACGGAAUCCUUUUAGCUUGAAGCUUUGGUGGAGGUAUUUGAUUGCUAAAGCCGAGUCUCCUUUCCAGAAGCGAUUCAUUAUCUACGAGAGAUCCUUAAAAGCUCUUCCUGGAAGCUAUAAGUUGUGGUACGCUUAUCUUCGGGAAAAACUUGAUAUUGUUAGGAAUUUGCCUGUUACUCAUUCUCAGUAUGAAUCCCUUAACAACACUUUUGAAAGAGCUCUUGUCACUAUGCAUAAGAUGCCCAGGAUUUGGGUUAUGUAUCUGCAGACCCUUACGGUGCAGAAACUGAUUACUCGGACACGGAGGACUUUUGACCGUGCUCUUUGUGCUUUGCCUGUUACCCAACAUGAUAGGAUCUGGGAGCCUUAUCUUGUGUUUGUGAGCCAGGAAGGUAUUCCUAUUGAGACCUCACUUAGGGUUUAUCGAAGGUAUCUCAUGUAUGAUCCUAGUCACAUUGAGGAGUUUAUUGAGUUUCUUGUGAAGUCGGCUCGUUGGCAAGAAUCUGCAGAGCGAUUGGCUUCUGUGCUGAAUGAUGACAAGUUUUAUUCUAUUAAAGGGAAGACGAAGCACAAACUGUGGAUGGAGUUGUGCGAGCUUCUUGUGCACCAUGCCAAUGUUAUUUCGGGUCUCAAUGUCGAUGCUAUCAUCAGGGGAGGCAUUAGGAAGUUCACAGACGAAGUGGGAAUACUGUGGACUUCUCUUGCGGAUUAUUACAUUAGGAAGAAUUUGCUGGAGAAAGCCAGGGAUAUCUAUGAGGAAGGCAUGAUGAAAGUGGUUACCAUGAGAGACUUCAGUGUUAUAUUUGAUGUUUAUUCUAGAUUUGAGGAAAGUACUGCUGCCAAACGGGUGGAGAUGAUGAGUUCAAGCGAUGAAGAGGGUGAGACCGAAGAGAACGGUGUAGAGGAUGAUGAGGAUGUCCGCCUCAAUUUUUCUCUCUCGGUGAAAGAGCUACAGAGGAAGAUAUUGAAUGGGUUUUGGUUGAACGAUGAUAAUGAUGUUGAUCUCAGAUUGGCUCGCUGGGAAGAACUGAUGGACAGAAGACUAGCACUAUCAAACAGUGUGCUCCUUAGGCAAAAUCCGCACAAUGUUGAGCAAUGGCAUCGUAGAGUCAAAAUAUUUGAGGGAAACGCAGCAAAGCAGAUUCUCACUUACACAGAAGCAGUGAGAACUGUGGAUCCUAUGAAAGCAGUUGGGAAGCCUCACACAUUGUGGGUUGCGUUUGCCAAGUUGUAUGAGAACCACAAAGACCUUGUCAACACAAGAGUGAUUUUUGACAAGGCAGUCCAGGUAAACUAUAAAACCGUGGAUCAUCUCGCCAGCGUUUGGUGUGAGUGGGCUGAGAUGGAGUUGAGGCACAAGAAUUUCAAAGGAGCAUUAGAGCUAAUGAGGCGUGCUACAGCUGUACCAACAGUAGAAGUCAGACGGAGAGUCGCUGCUGAUGGGAAUGAACCAGUCCAGAUGAAGCUGCAUAAAUCCUUGAGGCUUUGGUCCUUUUAUGUUGAUUUGGAGGAAAGCUUGGGGACUUUAGAAUCGACAAGAGCAGUCUAUGAGAAGAUAUUAGAUUUGAGAAUAGCUACGCCUCAGAUCAUUCUGAAUUAUGCUUUCCUUCUUGAGGAAAAUAAGUACUUUGAAGAUGCUUUCAAGGUGUAUGAAAGAGGUGUCAAGAUAUUCAAGUAUCCUCAUGUUAAAGACAUAUGGGUAACGUAUCUUACAAAGUUUGUCAAGAGAUAUGGGAAGACAAAGCUGGAGCGAGCGAGAGAGUUGUUUGAGCAUGCUGUUUCAAUGGCAAGUUCAUCUGCUCCAUCUGAUGCUGUCAGGACCUUGUACCUUCAGUAUGCUAAGCUAGAAGAGGAUUAUGGUCUGGCCAAGCGAGCCAUGAAAGUUUAUGAGGAAGCAACCAAAAAAGUUCCUGAAGGCCAGAAGCUUGAGAUGUACGAGAUUUACAUUUCUCGUGCAGCUGAGAUAUUUGGUGUUCCUAGAACUAGGGAGAUAUAUGAGCAAGCAAUAGAAUCUGGGCUACCACACAAGGAUGUGAAGAUCAUGUGCAUAAAAUUUGCAGAGCUGGAGAGAAGCUUAGGAGAAAUUGAUCGCGCUCGUACGUUGUACAAGUAUGCCUCCCAGUUUGCAGAUCCGAGGUCAGACCCUGAAUUCUGGAACAAAUGGCAUGAAUUUGAGGUUCAACAUGGAAACGAAGACACGUACAGAGAAAUGCUUCGAAUCAAGCGAAGCGUUUCUGCAAGCUACAGUCAGACUCAUUUCAUUCUACCAGAGAACAUGAUGCAAAAGGAUAAGCUGGUAGAUGUGGAAGAGGCAAAAGAUGAGCUGAAGAAGGCAGGUUUACCAGAAGAUGACAUGGCUGCUCUAGAGAGGCAGCUUGUGGCUCCAACGUCUACCGCCACAGAUGCAGUGAAAGAUGGCGGAAGAAGAGUUGGGUUCGUAAUUGCAGGAUCACAGUUCAGUGAGAACCAGGUGAAACCAUUGACAGGGAAUGGAGAAGAUAUUGAUCUUCCUGAUGAGAACGAUGGUGAGUCUGAUGGAGAAGACAGAGUGGAGAUAGCUCAGAAAGAAGUUCCUGCUGCUGUGUUUGGAGGACUUGCUAGAAAGAGAGAGGAAGAUGGUGAAGAAGCCGAGGAAGGUGGUGAGAAUGGUGCAGCCAAGAAGCUAGGUGCUCUAGAGAGGAUAAAGAGACAGAAACUUGUUCAGUGA